AUGUCUGACGAUUUAAAGGCGUCCGCCGAGACAAGCGUGACCAAGAAAGUCAAAGCCGAGACUCAAGAGCCACGCGAGACCAAAGAGGCACCUUCGUCUUCUUCUUCUUCGUCGUCUUCAACAACACAAAAAGAACAAAAGCAACAGCAGCAGCAGCAGCAGCAACAGCCUGAAGAAGAGCAAAACAAAAAGGACGACAAUCAACAACUCAUUGUCAUUUUGGAGAAUGCCUCACUGGAAGCUGCUCGUCUCAAUCCAUACCGGUUCGACUCGAAAAUGCAGUUGCUCAAUUGCGACGAACAUCAGUCGAUCUUGAAGCGUUUGGGUCGUGAUAUUGCUGACGCUCGCCCCGAUAUUGUGCAUCAGUGUCUCUUGGCUCUAUUGGAUAGUCCAUUGAAUAAAUCAGGCCAUUUGCAGGUCUAUAUCCACACAGCUAAAGGUGUCGUUAUCCGCAUCAAUCCCGAAUGCCGAAUUCCACGUACCAUCAAGCGUUUCUCUGGUCUUAUGGUACAACUUUUGGAAAAGGGAUGCAUUGUCAGUGGAGAUGACAACAAGAAGCUAUUGGAAAUCAUGCCACCACCUGUCACUCAAUAUAUUCCAGAAAACUCAAAGAAGAUUGCAUUGUCAUGGAACGCUACCAAAGUGCGUUUAUAUCCUUAUUUCAAGCAGGUACCCAAGGAUAAGAAGAUUGUAGUCUCAGUCGGAGCAAUGGCUAAGGGUGCGGAUACUUUUGCCGAUGCCUAUGUGGAGGAAAAGAUUGGCAUUUCAAGUUUUGCACUAUCAGCAUCCGUUGCCUGCAGCAAAGUGUGCUGUGCAUUGGAAGACCUGUGGGAUAUCAUGUAG